AUGACCGUUUGCGUGUAUCCAGAUUCCAGGUCCAAGAGGGUUCUGAGGGUUCUGAGGGUUGCUGAGGGUGCUGAGGGUGCUGAGGGUGCUGAGGGAGCUGAGGGAGCUGAGGGUGCUAAGGGUUCUGAGGGCUGGUCCCUGGAGGCCCUUCCCCGAUCUGGUGGAGCAAAACCGUCGCCAGUCGCGGCUGUCGAGUAUAUUCGCUGCCACACCGAGAUUUCCUGA